GCCGCCGCUGUCCCCGCGCCCGGCUGCCGCCUCCCGCCGCCGCCGAGAAUGGAGGCGCCGCUGCCGCGGGGCUUCUCCGAGGAGCAGUUUCGGGCCGCCUGCCGGGAGCUGGACCGGCCGGCGCCGGCUGCGGGGGCGGCCUGGCAGCUCUUUGUGGAGAGCAUGGGCGUGAGGAUCUACCGGCUGUACGACGAGCAAUCAGGACUUUAUGAGUAUAAAAUCUUUGGUGGUCUCUCUGACUGUCCCCCAAAACUGUGUGUGGAUGUCUAUAUGGACUUAGAUUUCAGAAAGCAGUGGGAUCAGUAUGUGAAAGAGCUGUCUGAGAAGACAUAUGAUGGUGAAAAAGUAAUCUACUGGGAAGUGAAGUACCCUUUUCCUCUCUCAAACAGAGAUUAUGUCUAUAUUCGUGAAUGUCGAGAGAUGGAUGUUGAUGGGCGGACAAUCUGGGUUGUGUUAGCUCAAAGUGUGACUGUUCCUCAGUGUCCUGAAAAGCCUGGUGUUAUCAGAGUUCAAAGCUAUAAACAAAGUCUGGCAAUUGAAAGUGAUGGCAAGACUGGAUCUAAAGUCUAUAUGUACUAUUUUGAUAAUCCUGGUGGCAUGAUCCCAUCAUGGCUGGUCAAUUGGGCUGCCAAGAGUGGUGUGCCUGCCUUCUUGAAGGAUAUGCAAAAAGCUUGCCAUAAUUAUUCUAAGAACACAUAGGUCAAAGUUGAUAUGAAUUGUUUAACUGCUAGAGCUCUGCACUUAUAGGAGUAGCUAUUGUAUAUUACAAUGGAUAAAAUCUACCUCUAAUAUUGGAAAUCAUUCUCUUUUAUUUGAUUUAUGCCUUAUAUUUUACUAGAUCUUUAUUUCCAUCUCCAGCUGAAGAGCUAGCUACUGACACAGUAACACCAUCAGCUGCAUUUUUUACUUAAGUUUAGCCUUGUCACCGAGGCUUUGCUUAUGCUGAUGGUCUGCUAGAGGAGUUCUUUUGAUUGCAAUAUUAUCUCCUCAGAUAAGAGACAACAGUCUUGCUAGGAAAAAUGUCUUAACCUGGAUUGAAAAUUUUCUGCAUCUGUUUUGCCUGGAUCUGCCUUGGUGGCCUUUCAGGGUGGCUUCCUACCCAAAUUGAAUAAUGGAAUUUGAAUUGCUUAGGAGGAAGCAAUUUUGCUACCCAAAUUUGUAAUGCUGAAACUGUCUGCCUGCUGUAAAUCUAAAAAGUGCUGAGGGCAUAUAGGUAAAUUGCUGGAAGUCUGCAGUAGGGACUGUAACUCUGUCACUAAGCUUCUUUCUGGCUUUAAGUCCAGAUACAAGUCCAGAUACAGGACUUGUGCCUAAAGCUUUGCAUUCGUAUCUCAAUACCCUUGUAUGAAAAGUAAAAAAAAAAUAGCAGAUUCCACCUAGAAAGAAAAAAGGAGGAGUUGGCUUCUAUGUCUCAUUGAAGGGGAACAAGUUGUAUCUUCAGAGUCAGUAGCCUUAUCUGUAAAGCAGCUUGGAUACCAGCUUUAAAUUGGAAAUAAUUUUAAACUGUCUGCCUGCAAUACAAUGUGUAUAAACUUGAUGUGAGACUUAUACUUGUGUUUUUAAACUUCAUGCUGCUGUAAAGAAUGAAACUGUAAUUUUGGAUUGUAAUCCACUAAAAGCAUAAAUGUGCAGGAAAUUAAAUUUCCAGCUCCUUUGUGGGGGUUGUAUCUAGGGAGACAGGGAGUGCAUGAAGAGGGAUCAGUCUCAGGGAUUUAAAAUAUUCUGCAUUGCUACUAAACCUAAUCCUGUUAUGAAACAAAUCUUGUAAUGGAGUAGCUUUGUCUUGUUAAAGAAGAAAUGGUUGAAGUGAUAGCCUUUAUACUUUGUGUAAAUAUUUGUCUCCAAGAAGUCAUUAUUCUAUCUGUGCAGUGAACUUAGAGUUUCAGGGUUUACAAGCGAUGUGUACCUAGUGAGCAUAUGCACAGAGAUGAAUCAUGUACAGUUAAGGUAAUCUUUUUUUUCAUUUUUUUUCUCCAACCAAUCUGUUGUUUUGUUUAGUCUUUAAUGAAAUUAAAGCAGGAGAAAGAGUGAAAGGAUUUUCAGAAAUUAAUGAUUGCAUCUUUGUCUUUAUAGUUAUUUGUCAUCAAGACAGAGCAUACAUUUGUCUGCAGUGGGCUGAAACAGUGAGACUGAGCAUUCGAGAGGCUGAAUGGCUCCAUUGUCAAUCUCACUGAAAACUUGAUUUCCUACAGACCCCACACAGAGCAUAUAGAAUCCGUGGCCUUUGCUCACUUAUCCUUAUUUAAAGCAUUGCACAAGUGCACUCUUGUGCUGUACACAACUUUCAAAUUAAAACACACGUGAUUAAAAAGUAGUUGCUGAAAACAGUUUUUCCUCUAUUUGCAGGCAACUAACCAGUUACGAGAUGAAUGCAACAUCAGAUCUUCUGUUAAAUUUAGGGCCCCAUAGGCUUUCAUGGUGACAUGAAUAUGCAGUGACACAGCAGUUUUAGGUAUAUGUUGUUACACCUAUCUUGUAUUACUAGAGAAGAAAACAGGAGUUACAGCUUUCUAUAAUGUAGUUUCUUGUAUAAAUGGAAGGUCACAAUCAGAAAGUGUUGGUAUUUUUCAGUCUUUGUAUGUAAAGACAUUCAUAAAGAAUUUUAGAACGUUAUUCAUGACUGAUUAAAUACUGAUCUUGUAUAAAUUACACAUGCAUCAUGUAAUCUUUUCUGGAUAGCUUGAACAGAAAUCUACCUGCUGUGAAACUUUUAAGUCAUGCAUUAUGAGUUCUAGUGCAUGGCAUUACAAAUAUGGAAGCCCUCUUCCUGUGCUUUUUGUUAAUGUAGUGCUCAAAAGUUUUCUGUUUCCGCCAACUUGCCUAAAAAUGGAGCUCAAGGCUUGUUCUUUUAGAAUGAUCUCUAAGCAUAGAGUUGUUUGAAUAAAAAGAGUGAAGCACUUCUGUGA